AUGGACAAUUGUUUGAUUUUCGAGGAGAAGAGAUCAUCGUUAGAUUGCACGUACUACGACAGUAAUAACUGUCAUCCGACGGAAGUGAUUCUGCGGAAUGCCGGUUGGGAUGCGCAGACUAUUGCGACCGGAUACUUUAAUUUCUGUGUACCGCUCUACGUACUGCUGGGAUUUUGCGAAGAUUACAAACGCAUAGUGAUCAACGCUCAUCACGAGUUGAUUUUAAUGCAAGCGCGCAACGAUAACAAUUGUCUGACGGAAGACCCGGCGACAGAGCCAACACUCGAAUUAUUCAAAAUACAGUGGCGAAUGCCGCACAUGUUAUUGAGCGAGAUAAAUAAACUGUCGAUGCUGCGCGCUUUGGAGAGCGGACGAUAUCUGAGCAUGGCUUUUCGCUUGUGGGAUCUGUACGAGUUUUUGUUCUUGCAGAGCACAACCGAGCAUUCUCGAUUCGACGACUGCAAAUUAACCAAUGCGAAACUCUACCUGAAUUCGGAAUGUUAUCCGUACGAUGACUUGAAUCAGGAUUUUGAUAAAAGCAGAUGUGCGAUUCUAUACGAUUUGUACGUACGUUUCUGUAAGAUCUACUACGGAUACGAGUAUCUUAAGCCGAGUCUCAUCUUUACAACUUUUUUACGUGAUGGCCCGUUCGUGAUCAUCGAUUGUUCUCGACAGAACGAAUCGAUCAAAAGUGGCACCAUAGAUGUGCAAUUAGACUUUGAAUGUAAGAAGAACGUGCCCGCAAAUACAGCCUAUUGUCUCAUCAUACACAAUCGCGUGGUUCAAUAUAAUCCAUUGACCAACGUUAUGCGCAAAAUCACCUAA